UGCCAGUGGCUCGCAGACCCGCUCUUUCUGAAUUAUUGUAUACACAGCCACUCCGCGGGAUUACUCAGCCAAUCAUUAUGGUGUACAACUUUCUAUCUGCACACACCGUGGCGGCUUUGGGACGUGUCGCCGGUGGGUAAUCCACAGUGUUUGUGUCAUAUCAGAAAGCAGCGCUACUGUGAUCAUCUUUGCGCAACCAACCGAUUAUUGAUGCAUGACGCACAUCCAUGAUCUCUGUCCGGAACCAUCCGCUGAUUGAUUGGUUAGAGAUGCUGUUCCAUUGAUAGCUACUGCCAAACUAGCAAGCCUGAUGGAACACAUGAUCUACCUAUAUAUGCCUCGGUCAUGGGAUUUAGGGUGCCCUUCGAAAACCCCUCUGACAGUCCCCCCCAUUUCUCUCUAUCCACAAUGGCCGAGGCUCUGGCGCGUAUGUAUAUCGCCGGCAUCUGGUUGGAGGCGAUCUUGUAUGGUAUCAACUGCAUCUUAUUCUCCAUUUGUCUUUUCGUCCUGCUAGGCCACCACGGAGCAUCUCGAAAGAUGCUCCUGUUCUCGAGCGUUGUCCAAUUUUCGUUGGCUACAGUGCAUGUUACCAUAAGCUUGCUGGAGUUGAUUGCUGCUUUCGCAACUUCAGCCAGCGCAGCUGAGAACUACUUCGCCGAUCCUGGUGCCAACAAACUGUUCGUCAGUGGCUUCUAUGUAUAUAUCGUCAAUACAUUCGCUCAAGAACUACUCCUGAUUUGGAGACUAUACGUGAUCUGGGAUCACAACUUCAAGAUAUGCAUCAUACCGGUCAUUCUCUGGAUGCUUCACUGCAGUAUAGCAUCGAUCGCUGUUUCUGGUUUUAUACCCGCAACAGCCACGCCGCUCACGCGCAAUGUCCAUUCAUACGGACUCGCCGGGUGGGGUCUCGAGACUGGUGUCAAUUUUCUUGCAUCAGGCUGCAUAGCCUACCGUCUAUGGCACGCGGGGCGCCGCACGGCUAUUCUUACGGGGCGACACUUCAACUAUAAGACUAGUUUUCUCAUCAUCAUCGAAUGUGGGGCCCUUAUCACAACGUGUACCGCGGUCAUGUUUUCCCUCUAUGCAGCAAACAAACCGGAGGGACUCGUUGGAGUCGGAGCAGCGACUCAAAUUGCGACUGCCUCGCCGUUACUAAUCAUCGCGCGGGUGGGGUUCUCUAUGUCCAAGAGAAAGACGAUUUUGACGGAGACCUCCCUUACUGUCUGCCCGAGUCCCUUGCAAGAGUGAAUGCAAACAGGGUGUUGGAUACAUACAGGGUUUUUCUGUUAGAUGCUAUCUGAGCUGGGGGUGGACCAAGGGAUAGGAAAGAAGUGAAGAUAGUGAUUGCAGCUUGAGUCCGUUGCAGAUAUCGGCAGAAAAGGAAUUCAGACAGGCAUUAAUAUUGCUAUGACCCACAAGUCCAGUAUUUGAUUGAGAUCAUCAAGUCGUGGUAGUCGAGGAACUCUUCACAAGCCCUGUGAGUAGUUCGCCUGCAACUUGGCAAUUCCAGC